CUCCAAAAAGUCACGCUUCAUCUUGCUUUUCCCUCCCCGACUUUAAACUCCCUCCCUCUCUGGCGACUGGGAAAGCGAAGACAAUCGCAUCGGAGGCACUACACCGGCGAGCUCAUCGAGCAGAUCGAUCGAGGAGCACGAACCUCGAGCGCACCUCCGCGCGCGGCGAUGCUGAGGCUGUUCAACAGGGGCAGGGACGCCCCCUCCGACGCCUCGCCGGCCUACUCGCCUCCUUCCCCGUCGCCCUCGCCGGCGUCGGUCACCGGGCCCGCGCGGCCGAUCCGCCUCGUCUAUUGCGACGAGAAGGGGAGGUUCCGGAUGGAUCCGGAGGCCGUGGCGGUGCUGCAGCUGGUGAAGGAGCCGAUUGGCGUCGUCUCCGUCUGCGGCCGUGCUCGGCAGGGAAAGAGCUUUAUCUUGAACCAGCUUCUUGGAAAGAGUAGUGGAUUUCAAGUAGCAUCAACCCACCGGCCAUGCACUAAAGGGCUUUGGUUGUGGAGUGCACCGUUGAAGAGAAGAGCUCUUGAUGGAACGGAGUACAAUCUCUUACUUUUGGACAGUGAAGGGAUUGAUGCUUAUGAUCAAACGGGAACAUACAGCACCCAGAUAUUUUCUUUGGCCGUCCUCUUGUCUAGCAUGUUCAUCUACAACCAGAUGGGGGGGAUUGAUGAAGCUGCACUGGAUCGGCUUUCUCUUGUCACUCAGAUGACUAAGCACAUUCGUGUGAGAGCGUCUGGGGGGAAGAGUAGUGCUUCUGAGUUGGGACAGUUCUCCCCUAUCUUUAUUUGGCUUCUGAGAGACUUCUACUUGGAUUUAGUGGAAGAUAAUAGGAGAAUAACACCACGUGACUACCUGGAACUUGCUUUGAGGCCCGUUCAAGGUACUGGAAGAGAUAUAGGUGCCAAAAAUGAGAUUCGGGACUCUAUUCGAGCUCUAUUUCCAGAUAGAGAAUGUUUCACCCUUGUGCGGCCUUUGAAUAAUGAGAAUGAUCUCCAGCGGCUUGAUCAAAUAUCAAUGGAUAAACUGAGGCCUGAGUUUAAGUCUGGGUUGGAGGCCUUGACAAAGUUUGUUUUUGAGAGAACAAGGCCCAAGCAAGUCGGGGCCACUGUCUUGACUGGCCCUGUUCUAGUAGGUAUCACAGAGUCUUACUUAGAGGCCUUGAAUAAUGGCGCAGUGCCUACAAUAUCAUCUUCAUGGCAGAGUGUCGAAGAAGCUGAGUGUCGUAGAGCUUAUGAUUUAGCUACUGAGGUCUACAUGUCUACUUUUGACCGAUCUAAGCCACCAGUGGAAGUUGGCAUGAGGGAGGCACAUGAGGAAGCAGUACAAAAGUCAUUAGCUGCAUUCAAUGCAAGUGCUGUUGGUGUUGGUUCAGCAAGGAAGAAACAUGAGGAGCUUCUCCAUAAGUUCUUCAGAAUGGCUUUUGAGGAUUACAAGAGGAAUGCAUUUAUGGAGGCAGACUUGCAGUGUUCAAAUGCUAUACAUAGCAUGGAAAAGAGGCUGAGAGCAGCUUGUAAUACACCUGAUGCUAAUAUUGAUAAUGUUGUUAAGGUUCUUGAUGCUCUUUUGUCAGAAUAUGAAGCAUCAUCUCAUGGUCCAUCGAAAUGGCAAAAGCUUGCAGAGUUCUUGCAACAAAGCUUGGAAGGCCCAAUACUCGACCUUGCCAAAAGGCUAAUUGAUCGGGUUGGAUCUGAGAGGAGUUCCUUCAUGUUGAAAUGUCGGGCCAUUGAAGAUCAGGUGGGGUUGCUUAAUAAGCAACUGGAAGCCAGUGAGAAUUAUAAAUCUCAGUAUCUGAAGCAAUAUAAAGAUGCUAUCAGUGACAAGAACAAGCUUUCUGAUGAUUAUUCAAGCCGUAUAACUAAAUUACAGAGUACUUGUAGUUUACUUGAAGAGAGGUCUUCUAGCUUGCUGAAAACAUUAGAGUCUACAAAGCAAGAAUCUCUGAACUGGAAAAGGAAAUACGAGCAAGUGUUGUCUAAACAGAAAACUGAGGAAGACCAGUCUAGUUCUGAAAUUGCUAUCCUUAAGUCCCGGAGCAGUGCUGCUGAGGCAAGACUAGCUGCUGCUAAGGAACAAGCUCAGUCUGCACAAGAGGAGGCAGAGGAGUGGAAAAGGAAGUAUGAUAUUGCUGCUAGAGAAGCAAAAGCAGCCUUGGAGAAGGCAGCAAUUGCACAAGAGCGCACAAAUAAGGAUACACAAAAGAGGGAAGAUGCUCUAAGGGCGGAAUUUUCCAUUGAAUUGGCUGCAAAGGAGGAAGAAGUGAAAGAGAAGGUGGCGAAAAUCGAGUAUGCUGAGCAGUGCUUGAUCACCAUAAAGUCAGAGCUGAAGGCUGCUGAGUCAAAAAUAGAGAAUUAUGCUGUGGAGAUUAUGUCCCUGAAGAACGAAAUCAGCGCGUUGAGUGAGAAAUUUGAAACUGCAAAUGCUAAAGCCCAAUCUUUUGAAAGAGAAGCUAGGAUUGUGGAGCAGGAGAAGAUCCAUAUUGAACAGAAGUACUUAUCUGAGUUCAAAAGAUUUGAGGAAGUUCAGGAACGGUGCAGAAAUGCUGAAAAAGAAGCUCAAAGAUCUACUGAAAUGGCUGACAAAGCACGAGCAGAUGCAGUCACUGCCCAAAAGGAAAAGAACGAUAUCCAAAGGCUGGCAAUGGAGAGACUGGUCCAGAUUGAGAGAGCUGAGAGGCUUAUUGAGAGUUUGGGGAGAGAUAAAAUUGCAUUAGAAGAUCAACUUAAGGAAGCACGUAUAUCAGAGACAGAGGUCCUCUCAAAAGUCACUUUAUUAGAGGCGAGAGUGGAGGAAAGGGAGAAAGAAAUCGAGUCCUUGUUGGAUUCAAAUAAUGAGCAAAGGGCUAGUACGGUUAAGGUCCUGGAAAGUCUCCUCGACACUGAACGAAAGGCCCGUGCAGAAGCCAACAGUAGAGCAGAAGAUCUCUCGGUCAAGCUACAAUCUGCCCAGGCAAAAAUUGAUUCCCUCCAACAAAAGUUAACUACCGUUCUUAUAAAUGAAACUGCACUGGACAGCAAGCUCAAGACUGCUUCUCUCGGGAAACGGCUCAGAGCAGACUAUGGUGAAAUUGGCAUGGAAUCUGUUCAAGAUAUGGAUAUCGAUAAGGCCUCCAGAAGAAAUAAGAGGAUGCGAAGCACGACCAGUCCCCUAAAGCACAUUCAGCCAGAAGACGGUGGAUCCGUGUACAGAGGCAAUGAGGACAACCACAGCAACAAAUCGUCGCAGGAGGAUUAUACCAAGUUCACCAUGCUCAAACUGAGGCAAGAACUCACGAGUCACAAUUUCGGUGCUGAGUUGCUCCAAUUGAAGAAUCCUAGCAAGAAGGACCUCCUUGCACUAUACCAGAAGCUCGUCCUCCAGAAGUUGUGAACAUUUUGUAUGUACAGGGAAGUGCAUAUAACUUAAAAAAGGGUUUGAGUUGUAGAUCAUGUAUGACAUAGGGUGAGCUUUUUUCUUUCUGUAGAUUCUUUGCCUGAAAUUCUCUUUGGGAUUAGUCCAAAAUAUUACCGUGAGCGAACUCCCUUUUACAUGCAAGGCUAGCUAUUGGCAUUGGCUCUGCGCAAGUGUGUUGUCAGGCUUCUCCGUCAGUGUUGUUCUCUGGAUAGUUAUUUUUUAUAGUUUCCAUGGUGCCCUAAAGGAAGACUUAGUAUUUGGUGUGCUUGGUUU